GGGUAUCUUUUUCAUCUUGUGYCUUGCAGUACAGCACGGUACAACAUACAAAACAUAGUCGCAGCUCAGAACUUUGCCAAAGGGAUUAAAAUCAAAAGGCGCUUUGCUGUAUCGGAGUUCCUGGUCUGUUAUCAUUCUUCUAUUUAUGUCUCCUGUUGAGACGACCUCGAGUAUUCUUUUGUCAUCUUCCUAAGRGCAGUAAUAACGAACAAACGAACAAUGCUGACCGAGCACUCAACAUCAUUUGAAUACAAAAAAGACGGUGGACUUGAUGUUCCGCUGUUUGAUCCUAAACCUUCUGACCGUACUGUUGAGGCAGAUAUUUCGGAAGAGCUCCUUAAGCUCUCCCUUUUUGAUCGAUCGGCCGUGGAAGAGGAGGUUCAUGGGGUCCGGUGUAUGGCCGUUCAGGAAACACCGAAACUGGUGACCGAUGGUCUUAGGGAGUUUGACGCAGAAUUGAUUCGCAUAAAGAGAGAGCGAGAACGGGUCAAUCAUAGUCAGCGGCGACCGGAGGAGAGGGAAUCCUUCGGAAAUGUGCUGAGAAACGUCUUAGAACCAGAAGAAAAAGACGACUACAUUUACUUUUCAUGCUGCAAAAACAAAUACGAGGAAAUCAGAAUGCAGCACAACAACUGCCAGCACCCAGCGCAUCCGAAAAAGAAAAGCGAUUGCUAUCUAAACGAUCCAUCUGUCCGGUUGAGAUUCUUGAGGUGUGAKUGUUUUGACGUAAAAAAAGCUGUCGAYAGGUUCGUCAGCUACCUGGACUUUACCCAACUCCUUUUUGGAGAUUUCAUUGCGCAUCGCCCAUGYCGGUAUUCAGACUUUCAAAACGAUUUUGAUAACACGUGCAAUCACAAUAAAGACGAGCUCAAAAGCCUAUUGCAGUCAAGACUUACAUACUUACCGUUCCGUGAUAGAGCCGGAAGGCGAAUUUGUUGCGCGGUGGGACACAGCAACUUCAAGGUUGACCCCGCAUUGCGACUCAAGAUUAUAAUGUACAUGGACUGGAUUGUUUCAGAAGACAUCGAAACCCAGCAGAAAGGCAUAGUUAUUAUAGCCUGGCCGAGCGGAGAGGAAGUACCUUGUGCUCCCGAUAAGGAAUCAGAAAGAGACAACAUCGAAUGUGAUGCAAAUGCCAAUGAAAGCCAGGGAGAGGACAUCUGGGAGCGGUACAUACGACCUUCGUUGUCAAAAAGAGAUAUUUGGUUCCAGAAAAGAGGCUUUGAGAGCACUCCCCUGCGGAUCGCCUCAAUCCACUUUUGUGCAAAAGAUACGUCACUAUACCACRUAAURAGCUCUUUCUAUUACUUUGGCUUGAAUCAAGACCACAAAAAACGCUACAAAGCCCAAUUCGGUAAGCACUGCAUAGUUUAGAUAAUGCGAACAAAAUACGCAUGCAUAUUAUUUAUUCGUUUCCCCCUCAAAAGUGAUGGUAUCUAAUGCAGAGCUAACGAAACUGGGUACGUUCAUCUGUAUUCUCAAACCACAGGGAACCAAAUCGAAAUCCUAUACAAACUGCAGCAGUAUGGAAUCCCGGCCCAUUUGCUUCCAUUGACGCACACUGGCGCUGUAAAGACCAAUGUUCAUGCUCAGUGGAUGAAGUCACAGAAGCGAAUCGAGGACCAACGUGAAAAAAUUCUCCUUCAGCGCAAGAAUAGUUUCAAUGGCGAAGUGCAGAGCAUCAGCAAAGUCGGAAAGCUAGUAUUUAGCACUUCUGAGACGGAUUCACRCAAUGAAGAAGGAAAAGCAGAACCUAAAGUGUGGGUGGAAUGCCCCAGGUCGUACGAUGUGAUAUUUCGGAGGGGAAAUACAUACUCUCAACUCCAUCUGGGCAAUCUAAACUACAAGAACUUGAUUGAAAAAGUCAUGGAGGAGCACUUUGCAGCGAAAAAAAGACAGGAGAAGAUCGAUCUUACGUGGAGGGUCGUCAAUGAGAUUGAAACUGUCUGGAAUGGCCGCUUUUUGAAUUGGGAUGCAUMUUGGAAGACCCAUGUCCAGAUCACAGAUCGCAAAGAGAUGCGCAGUAAGGUGGCYCGAUCCAUCAAGGAAGCGGCCAGGGGGGUCCGAAAGAGUAAGGGUACUUCGAGGACAAUAGGUAUUAAAAGUGGCACUACCACUGGUGGAAGGAGUCAUUCUCYCAUAAAACGACGGAAAACAGCCGCAACGACAUCGGCUGCAACCAAUCGAGAGGUAACCAGAAUGUCGCUGCCUGGUUGUUUAGAUUUCGGUAGCGCAUCUAAGGUCGGGUUCUUCUGAUGUAGAAUAGUUCGCGUAUAAAAAAGCACAUUACAAUAAGCCCAAUAGUUUCCUUUCAUUGUAUGCUGGGCUUUAAAAACUGGAUUUUCUCGUUCAAUCUUGUAUUACACACUGAUGACGACAAUACUUGGGCAAUAACAAUAUGUUCAUAUUUUCUCAGUUCAUGAAACGAAGAGAAAGUCGUGUCUGUAGGCAAAGCCAUCGACUUACACCCCUUCCGUUUUGCGGCAACGAUACGCAGGAUUACCUAGUGUUGAUAUAAAAUACAUAAAUGAUCAAGUAUUUGUAAAGUUACUGUACACAUUGUUUCAUUUUAUUAGCACUACUCGUAAGAACCUCAAAAUUCUUAAGAUGAACUUGGGACGCAAAAUUCUUUCGAGUCUAUACUUCUGAAUCUAGAUCCUUCAAAGAUGGAUUUUCCGUCCAAAAAUCCUUCGUAUUUGCCCUGCCCAUAAUUGCAACACAAACCAUCUCCGUAGAGAUCAGUAAUCUGAAAGAUGUAGCAUUCCCCUCGCGGCAGACAAUAUGCAUCAUCAGGACCAGGRAAUUCAUAUGCUUUGUUGUUCUCGUAUCGCUCAAUUCCCUUCUCAAUAAUCGCGUUGGUUUUUUUGUUGCGAAAUGCCCACUUAGUUUCAUAUCCAUAGGCAUCAGUUUUGAGGUUAAUCUUGAAGAGACUCCCAGCACAGGGCUGAGAAGUUGGAGCAACAGAUGGGCUGCUGGAUGGAGAUCCUGAAGGGAAAGAGGAGGGACUGGAUGAUAAUACCGUUGCUGGCGGUGCAGGAGAAGAUAUGGUGAAUGUCUCAACUGCUCUGCGUCGAAAUUCGCCACCUUCAAAAAGUACUUUACCUUCAGAAUAACCCACAUAACUUCCC